AAAGAAGCUCCGAGGAAAGCUAUUAUUACACGGAGAAACUAAUGAGAAUGGGCGGAGAUUUCAAAGCUUAACAUCUUCCAACGGUGACGAGUCACAACUCACAACUGGGGACACUAUAACUCCAUUUUUCCUCUCUCGAUUUUGCCUCCAUAUCUCCGCAAUCCGCAUAAACUUCGAAGCUCUUCCCUGUUGCUCCUUUUCUGCUCAACGUUCUUUCGCCUUCUCCGCUGCCUUCGAGUUCACUUCUCCCUCUCUUCCAUGGAGUCCUCCGCUACGCUUCGAUCCUUCCACUAUUUUGCAGGUGGUUCACGUCUGCAGUUAAUUGAGAAACCAAGUAAAAUGUAUGUGUCUAAUACUAAUAAGUCGAGCAUUCAAGGACCGUCAAUUUUUGGUAAGCCCAUCCAUACUCUAACAAACCUGAAGAGGACAGUGGUAUCAUGCACAAAGACGCCUGAAGUUACUGAAACUGCUAAACCCAAGGAUAGCGUCCAGGGUUCAGUACAGAAGAAGCCUGCAGCAAAUGCAACUUUUCCAAAUGGAUUUGAAGCAUUGGUGCUGGAGGUCUGUGAUGAAACAGAGAUCGCUGAACUAAAACUAAAGGUUGGAGAGUUUGAAAUGCAUUUGAAGCGGAAUAUUGGAGUAGUAAGAGCUCCUCUCUCUGCCAUUUCUCCAACAGUACCUCCGCCAAUUCCAUCCAAACCCAUGGUUGAAUCAGCUCCUACCUUACCAGCACCUCCAAAACCUUCUUCAGAGAAAACAACUCCUUUUACGAAUGUUCCCUUAGAGAAGUCGUCAAAGCUAGCAGCUUUGGAGGCAUCUGGAUCAAAAGGAUACGUUUUGGUAUCUUCUCCUACGGUUGGAUCAUUCCGAAGGGGCAGGACAGUAAAAGGAAAGAAGCAGCCUCCGAUCUGCAAAGAGAAUGACGUAAUAAAGGAAGGACAAGUAAUUGGAUACGUGGAUCAGUUUGGCACUGAACUUCCUGUAAAGUCAGAUGUAGCCGGAGAAGUAUUGAAGGUUCUCUUCAAGGAAGGAGAAGCGGUUGGCUACGGCGACCCCCUCGUUGCUGUUUUGCCAGCGUUCCAUGGAAUCCGUUAAAACUUUUUGAGGAUCAAGGUUUGCAGAUUUCUGAUUUUGAUCAUUCUUUUUUGUCUUGCUGUCUCUCUACUAAAACGUGGUUAGACAACGGGGGGAUUGAUUGCUCAUACGUACUUUGUGUAGGUUUUUGAGUUUUGUUAUAAUAAAAGAUUUUAAUUAACCUGCCUAUACUUCUAA